CAUGCACGCACCACAGCAGUCAGUUGUGGAAUCCGAGGGACGAAUCAAAGAGGUGCGAACGACCUGACGUGGCGUGCCAUGAUUGGCACGACCGCAUGACACACCCACCACUCAAACCACUAGGAGGCUCAGUUUUAGGCUAGCUCAAAGCUAGUGCUGGAUCCAUUCCACAUCUGGAUGCCGAUCUAAGCUACUGCUCUUGACAAUUUCCAAGGUAAGGAAGUACUACUUCAUAGUAAUACCACCUGGUCCUCGUACUCGUCGUAAACAGCAGUCAGAAGCUCUUCUGAUAUUGGGACUCUCGUACUAGAGGACUGCUCACGAGUCGACGACGAGAUCUAGUAGUAACACCCACUGGCAGCUCUCGACGAGCCUCUUCACGCAACUUUCAGGUGUUGGAGCGUCGUCGCUCAGCAGGUCGGUCACUCCAGGCUGGUUCGACUCGAAUUGCCGGGCACACGGCCACCACGAGGAUCUGCUUGAUAUAUUCCUACUACGAGCCUACUCGGUUCUACUGAUACCAGUGCAACAACCAUCUACUACGACGACCUUGACGACUGAGCCUCGCGCGAUGCUGCUCCUAUGGACCCGACGUCAGCACGCUGGGAGUCACGCGGAUUACAGCCCAGAAGAGACUCUACCGAACGUGACCAUAUCGGUGCCGGUCCCUACUCCCUCCGGGGUGCAUCCGGCGCAGCUCGCGACGUUCCCCGUCAGACCGUAUCGCCGCUCCACCGCAGACCGCCUUCCCCCCGCUGAUGCAGAGAAACUCCUCACUUCCGGGGCGAAGCAUGCAGAAAUUCAGGGAACUGCUGGAUACUCAGAGAAGCAUCGCCGGGAGGAACACCUGAUAGAGGCGCAUGUUCAAGAAGCUAAAGCGAGCAGGGAGUGUACGGUGUGCCUGUGUGACUUUGACGAGGGCGAUCUGGUUCGCUCGCUGCCGCCCUGCGCGCACCGGUUCCACGUCAGCUGCAUCGACCACUGGCUCGCCGUCAGGACCACCUGCCCCGUGUGCCGCAUAGACCUCAAGGCGGCUGUACCUGCAACGGGUGUGACUGUAAACGGAUCGUCAGUAACGAAGAUGGAGGGAAGUGAAAGAAUCUGAGGAGGGUGGCUCGCCGCCAGGACCAUCAUCUGCCCCGUGUGCCGCAUAGGCCUCAAGACGGGAGCAUCGGAUGUGACUCUAACAAGGGCGUGACAAUGAAGGGGGGAAGCGACGGAGUAUUGGCUCGCCACACUAUGGCAUACUACCACGACGUAUAAACGGGGGUUGGCUCUCCAAGAGGAAACACUCUUCCCCUCGCACCACCCAACCACAAACACCCUUCCCCAUCCACUCCAAACCCUAAUGCCAGUGGGCGGUGCUUGCGAGACUGGCGAUAGUCACGGCGAAAUGGGUGGAGUUCGCCAAAGCCUGUGGCGGAGCUCGCGAGACUGGCGACAGUCAGCGAAAUAAUGACGCGAUGCGACUCACUACGCGAGGAGAGGUGGCCAAGCAUCUGGGUUCAAUCGAACCAAGGCUGUUACCAGCUGCCUGGCAGUGCCUGCCAUACUCCACUGCUCCCCCCUGCGACCAGCUCGAAACGCCGGGACUCGCGACGGAGGCGAAAACACAAGUGAAGUGGACGAACAGUGGCGUACAUCCUGGAGCCAGAUGGCAGAGCCUGAGUGGGGUUUUUCGACAGCGGGUGCUUCAAGAUUUGGGUCGCGCCUGGAGGAAGCGGAACCUCCACCGCACUCCAUACCGUAAAUUUCUCUAGCCAUAUCAUGCUGUCUUCAACCCUGCUGAGCAACACUUUCACAUCUACCAUGUAACGCUAUCAGGCCCCAAAAUUCAGGCUAUUUACCCUGAUCCACGCUUUUUCAAUGCGUUUGCUUGUUCCAGACCCGUGUUGCUAGAAUAUAGCUCGUCUCGGCAGAGCUGAGAUCUGGCUGCAAAUUGGUGCGGAGACCUAGCUUGGGGGUCCUCGCCUAGCUAGGGCUCUCGCUAUUUUUCUCUAGGCUCUCAUCUUUGUACUCAUUAUUUCGUGCACUCUGUCAUUAAUCAUA